AUGACUACCGAUUCUGGCCGCGGCGGCCAGAUGAUUGAGUACAUCCAAGACCGCCUAUACCUGGCGUCGUAUGACUCCGCCCCAAGCUCGAGGACCCCGUUCCCUUUCCCGCUCGAGGCUUCCAAGUCUCCGAGCAAGCGCCGGGCGCAGCCUACUACACCGACUACCAAGCGGCGAUCUCCCGUCUACUUCACGAUUGACGAUACUCUUCUCUACAACGCCUUCCACGCUGAUUUCGGUCCUUUGCACAUCGGUCAUCUUUACCGCUUUGCUGUCCUCUUCCACGAGAUCCUCGGAGAUCCGGCCAACAGCGACCGCCCUGUUGUCUUCUACAGCAAGACCGACCCGCGAAGCCGCGCAAAUGCUGCCUGCAUCGUGGCAUGCUAUAUGGUCCUGAUCCAGUCUUGGCCACCCCACCUCGCCCUUGCGCCGAUUGCGCAGGCCGAUCCGCCUUACAUGCCCUUCCGCGAUGCGGGGUACAGCCAGGCGGACUUCAUCCUGAACAUCCAAGAUGUCGUCUACGGUGUGUGGAGAGCCAAAGAGCAGGGCCUGUGUGGCCUUCGCGACUUUAAUCUCGAAGAGUAUGAGAAAUUCGAGAGAGUCGACAUGGGUGACUUCAACUGGGUGACACCAAACUUCCUCGCCUUCGCCUCUCCUCAGCAGCAGCCCGUUGCGCCCAUUCCUAUGAACACCCCCGAAUACGAUGACCUCCCGACUACCAUUUCCGAGGUCUGCUCGACCAAGCUCCCUCUUCCUUUCAAGAAUGUCCUCGUCCACUUCGCCUCUCGAAAUGUCGGCCUCGUGGUGCGAUUGAACUCCGAACUCUACUGUCCCUCUUACUUCACGGCUAUGGGAAUCUCUCACAUCGACAUGAUCUUUGAGGAUGGUACCUGCCCGCCUUUGCAAUUGGUACGCAAGUUCAUCAAGCUUGCCCACGACAUGAUCAAUGUGAAGAACAAGGGAAUUGCUGUCCACUGCAAGGCUGGCUUGGGUCGGACAGGAUGUCUAAUUGGUGCCUAUCUGAUCUACCGCUAUGGUUUCACCGCGAACGAGGUCAUUGCCUUCAUGCGCUUCAUGCGUCCCGGCAUGGUUGUUGGUCCCCAACAGCACUGGUUGCAUCUGAACCAGGGCGCUUUCCGGGAAUGGUGGUUUGAGGAUAGCAUGCGCGAGAAGCUGGCCCAGUCCGCCCCGGUCACUCCUCGCGUCUCGACCAAGAAGCGCCCCAGCAAUGGCACUGUCUCCACACCUCCCAACAACAGCCACUCCAAGCGCGCCGCCCUCGGUGAGAUUGAUCACAACGAGGGUGCUGCCCAAUACGAGGAAAACCUUCCUGCCCCGACUCCGGGCCAGCCUCGCAAGUCCCAUCGCAAAGACUCCCGUCACCACCCAUAUGCCCGCACCACCUCUGGUUCGUUAGCUGUGGACCGCGAUGGUAACAAGAAUGAGGAGCAGCAAACCCGCAAGCUCCGGGCUAGCAAUGAAAGCAGCGAGAGUGAAGAGGAAAUUCAACUACGCAUGCUAAAAGCCAAAAAGUCGUCCAAGUCCCCUGUGGCCUCUCCGACCUGCCGUUCCAUCAGUUACUCUGCCACUGUCACGGCCAGCUACACUCUGACUGAUGAUAUCCACGAAGACCGAGAGAACUGGGUUGAGACUAUGACUCCUAAGACACCCACCAGCCGCAAGAGCGGCGGCCAACCCAUCUCCGUGAGCAAAGUUCGCUCCAGCCCCCGGAGGGCAACAGAUAGCAACAAGAGCGAGUCGCGAGGAGUUCGCAAGCCCAGUGGUCGAGUCGGCAGCUCCUCCAGCCCGAAUCGCAUUGCUCGUGCUGUUCAAUAA